AAAGGAUGUAGCGCGAUCCUGCGCGUCAGCCCCCGCCGCAGACAGAGGCGUUGUGGGAUGUGGUGCCAGGGGCACCCCCUUGGGAAUGGGACCGAAGAGAGCUGACGGCGGCCAAGGAGGGGCUGGAUCUGGAGACGGAAGGGAAGGAGGACUGCGCACCCGGAGCCCGCGCGGCGGCCCGGGCCUGGUGCCCGGGCAAAGGAAGAGGGCGCGCAGACACGCGUUCGAGGCGGGGCCGGAGAGGAUCUCCGAGGCACCUCUGGCUCUCUGGCCGGCUUGCUUCCCCGCAGUCACUCCCUCGGUCCUUCGCUGGCGCGCGCAUCCCCUGCCACCCCAAGGAGGAGUUUUGGGUGGCGUGGGCCCCGUCCUCUUGGCUCGUGGGAACGCUGCGCCCAAGAGAGGCAGUCUGGUGGGCUCAAACCCGACGAGCCCAGCGCCGAUGAGUGCCAGGGCACCCAAGGAGCUGAGGCUGGCGCUGCCGCCGUGUCUCCUCAACCGGACCUUUGCUUCCCCCACCGCCGGCGGCAGCGGCAACGUGAGCGCCCGCGGCCCGGGUGCAGGCGGUGGCGGCGGCACCUGCAUUACGCAGGUGGGACAGCAGCUCUUCCAGUCCUUCUCCUCCACGCUGGUGCUGAUCGUCCUGGUCACCCUCAUUUUCUGCCUCAUCGUGCUGUCCCUCUCCACCUUCCACAUCCACAAGCGUAGGAUGAAGAAGCGGAAGAUGCAGCGGGCUCAGGAGGAGUAUGAGCGGGAUCACUGCAGUGGCAACCGGGGCGGCGGGGCUCUGCCCCCAGCAGGCGGCCAGGCUCCAGCCCACGCGAAAGAGACCCGUCUGGAGAGGCAGCCCCGGGACUUGGCCCUCCGCGCCCCGUCCGGCGCCGGCGCCUCCUCCCCGCCCCCUGGCCCCCUGUGCCAGGGCCCCUGUGCUCCUCCACCUCCUCCACCUGCCCCCGGUCCACGAGGAGCACGCGCAGCCUCCUCCUGUUUGGACCAAGCUGGCGAGGGCCUCUUGCAGACGGUGGUACUGUCCUGACUGUCUCAGCCCUCCCUCGUUUCGAGCGUCUUUGCCGUCCUCGCCUGUCUGCCCUCCGGCCUGCCUUUUCCCCUUUCCUCUGGCCUCUUUCCUCUUCAAUCUUUCCCUAUCCGCCCUCCCCUUACUGUUUCUCCUCCGCCGAGGCACUGUGCGGUAUUUGUAAAUAUUGGGCAAGGAAAGUCUCGGAAGAAGAAAUAACGCUGAUAAUACUUUAUUCUUCAUAUUUAUAGUAAUUAUUAUAAUACGAAUAACACAAUUCAAGCGCAUGACAAAUCACAUAAUGUCUCGUCAAUGAAGGACGCGUCUUCCCUCCCCACCCUGCAUCUCCCACAAUCAGGAGGAGAAACCGCACAAGCUACCAAAUACUUAAAGGCACUGACCCCCGGGAACCUGGAGGGAGGGGGCCCGGCGUGUUGUACAUAGCCGCCAAGUUGAGGCCCAGGGACCUUCCUAGUCUCCGCCCGGAGCUGUCACCUUUCCUUCAGCUCUCCCUCCCGUCCUUGUUCCCACGCUCGGCCGGGCUCCGGCAGUAGCGCAGGAUACAGAAAACGUCUGCAUUAGCACCAAGACUGUAAGAGACCUUCGAGGUGGUCCCGGGAAAGCGUGUAGACAGGUGCCGCUCUCCACUCAGCCCUCUUCUCACCUCUCAGUCAUUCCCUUUUCCAGGACCAGGUAUUUUUAUUUACUUUUAGAAAUUUCCCUCGCUGGCCGAGCAUAAGUACAUUGAAAAUCUUUAAAUAAAUUUAAAAAACUAAUCUGCUUUAGCUCCCUGCCCCGCCCCCUCCUGUACACCUUUGAUUCCGGACAUUUUCAGCAUUCACAGGGACCCGGGAGAUGUCCAGCCAGGUCUGGUGCUGAAAUUGCCUCACCGAACUGGCUCUUUUGGUUGUGCAGGCAGAGGAGGGGCUAUUUUGGAAAGUGACUAUUCUAGCUUUGUGUUGCUUUCUUUCUUCUUUUUCUACAAUCAGGUUUGCGUGUACUGUUGGUUUUCAUAUUAUUAAACAUUGCAUAAGUUACCUUUUUUUUGUAAAAAAAAAAAAAAAAGAGUAUUAGGUAAUGUGCAGUCCUGAAAUGCAGUAUCUAACCAACCAGAAUGUUUCUGUUUAAUUUUUAGAACAAGUGCACCUUUGUUAUAUAUUAUAUUGGUACCAAAUACAGAAGCAAACAAUAGUUCUGUACUCGUCCUCUAAACUGUAUAUUCUUGUUCUUAAUUUCCAGCUGUUGAUAUAAUGGUUACCACUGGAUGAGGAGUUCAGUGGUGCAGGCCUGGCUUUUUCUGUUUCUAGAAGUGUUCUUUUGUACCUUACUCUGUAGUAGACUAUUAUAAAAAGAUGA